AUGAAAUAUUUAAGUAAACUCUUUUUUGUUGUGUAUUUAAUCAUAACAAAAAGGAAACGUGCUAAUGAGUUAGCUAAAUAUUCAUCAACAGGCAGUAACAGCGAACAAAGAAAAUUACUUUGGGUUGAAUAUGCGGUGAUGGAGAAUGGGAAAAUUAUUGGAGCAUAUUUUAACUUAAUUAAAAUUCAUGGGUCAAUGGUGAUGAGCCGAAUAAAAACAAGACUGAGAAACUCGAAAGAAGAAGAUAAGUUUGCAACAUUGUCGAUGCGAGAGAAGCAAGAAGCAGCAUAUUGA